CACCCCAUAGUUUCCUAUGGACAUCAAGAAACUGAAAACCAACAACAACAACAACAACAAUCUUUGAGACAAGGUUUGCCAUUUAACAAGGCUAAAAAUCAAAGCUUGACAUUUAGUGAUGAUGAUGAUAACAACAGUGUUGAAGAUGGGAAGAAGAGUAAAACUUGUCCUUGGCAAAGAAUGAAGUGGACUGAUAAUAUGGUAAGGUUAUUAAUUAUGGUUGUUUAUUAUAUUGGUGAUGAAGUUGGUUCUGAAGUAAAUAAUAAUAAUAAUAAUGAUACUAAUAAUAGUAAGAAAAAAGGUGGUGGUAGUGUAGGGGUUUUGCAAAAAAAAGGAAAGUGGAAAUCAGUUUCAAGAGCAAUGAUGGAGAGGGGAUUUUAUGUAUCACCACAACAAUGUGAAGAUAAAUUCAAUGAUUUGAAUAAGAGGUAUAAAAGGGUUAAUGAUAUUCUUGGAAAAGGGACAGCUUGUAGAGUUGUGGAGAACCAAAAUUUGCUUGAAACAAUGGAUCAUUUAACACAAAAAAUGAAAGAAGAAGUUAAGAAAUUGUUGAAUUCUAAGCACUUGUUUUUUAGGGAAAUGUGUGCUUAUCAUAAUAGUUGUGGUCAUAAUAACACUAGUACUGGCGGUGGUAGUGAUAUUGGAAAUGUUCAACUUUCGACGGAAAUGGCUGUUGAGGCUAAUUCUCAAGCUCAGAAGAGGUGCUUACAUUCGUCAGAAAAUGCAAGAAUUGAGGUUCAUUUAGAAGAAGGGACUAAAAUGGCUAAAGGGAAAAGUGUAGACGAUGAUCAAGAAGACGAUGAUGAGGACGAGGAUGAAGAUGAGGAGGACAACGAAGAUGAGUUGAGUGGUGCAAGAGGACAUGACAAUCACCAUAGCCACGAAUACGACGAUGACAUGGAUGAAAGAUCAAGAAAGAGGCAACGAAAGUCGGGUUCCUUGUCACCAAUGGUACAACAAUUGAGUUCAGAAUUAGCUAAUGUAAUUCAAGAUGGAGGGAGGAGUUCAAUUGAGAAGAGACAAUGGUUGAAAACUAGAAUGGUACAAUUGGAGGAACAACAUGUUGGCUAUUUAUGUCAAGCAUUUGAGCUACAAAAGCAAAGAUUGAAAUGGGAGAAAUUUACAAGCAAGAAGGAAAGGGAAAUGGAGAAAGAGAAGCUUAUAAAUGAGAGGAAAAAAUUGGAGAAUGAAAGAAUGGUGCUUUUACUUAGGCAAAAAGAGCUUGAACUACUUGAUUUUCAUCAGCAUCAGAAUCAUAAUAGAAAUAGUGAUCCUUCUUCUGUAACAGGAUGAAAAAUUGAAACAAUAUUAGCAGCACCAGAGUAGUUAACAAUGUGUAGAUAAUCAUAUGCUUUUACCUUGUAUUUUAGUCUUCAAUCAAGUUUUUGAUGUAAAAUCUAAGUUUGAAGAAAACUUGCAUCUAGCUUCUAUAUAGUCUUAAAUUAUCAAGUUCCUAGUACUCUUUAA